ACGCUGCAAAACUCGGAUUUGUUUAUUGGUGACACCUGGGGAACAGCUGUUUUUGAUCGGCUAACGUUGGUAGCUAGCUAGUUACAGACAACUUACUGGCUAACUUAACGCUAAUCAAAGUAUAUUACUGGUUUCCGCCUUGUACAAUUUAAAGGUUGAUUGGAGGGCUGUUGCCAUGGAGCCUGCCUGCCGUAAAGACAAGCCAAAGCUGAACUCUACACCGACCAGAGGAGACAGAGCCAAACAGAAGUCCGCACAGCAAGAGCUCAAACAACGACAGAGAGCAGAGAUUUAUGCCUUGAACAAGGUGAUGACAGAGUUGGAACAGCAGCAGUUUGAGGCCUUUUGUAAACAGAUGCAAUCACAAGGAGAAUGAGUCCCGCCUUCCUUUUUCAUCUGGACCAGGACCCUGUCGCCCUGCAAAAACACAAUGUACCGAUACACAAUCACACACUUAUACUUACGCUGAUGCUUGAUAAGACAAUCUUUCUGCUCUUGAUGUGUUAGCGAUUCAGAUUCCUCACUCUGUAACCUGAAUAUGCUGGAGAGUAUUGUUAUAAUUACCUGACCUGAUUGGUAAAUGAAAGCAUUGUGGGUAAAAUGUUGCCAGACAGGAACAACUGUAAUCAGAGUUGCAUAUUUCCUACAAAAACAUCAGGUCACUGAUAUUUAUCAGUAGCUGCCAGGAGUUCCUCACCGGACACUGAUUGGUUCGUUAAAGCACACUUUAAAAAAGCUUUGAAGCUUUGGUAUCAUCCGCCCAUCACGUCUCAAGUCAGAAAUACAUUGUACUGUAAGCUAGGGUUGGUUGCAAAUGUGUCGAAAUCGCAAUAUGGACUAGUGCAGAGAUCUUCAACAGGGGUUCCAGGACACCUAGGGGGUCCUCGGAAAUGCUGCAGAGGGGCCACCAAAUUACUGAUCGAUGGUUUUAAAAAAAAAUAUGUCUGAAAAUAUACAUUAACAUGAAUCCAACAUAUUAUUAGUAAAUGUACACAACAAUGAUGAUAGGCUUACUGGCCUAUAGGUAAAGUAGCCAUAUGGUUGCCUUCUACAUACAGUUAAGCUUAAGGAUUCAAUGUGCCACAUUUCAGCAUUAAAACUUGAUGUUUAAAUCUAUGAAUAUGCCAACAAUUUUUAUUUUAAAAGCUUGGUAUUUUAUGCACCAUUUAAAAAAAUAAAUAAAUAAAUAAAUAAAAAAGGCCCAGUUUAAUAUGCAACUCAAUUGUAUGCAAUAUAUGUAUUAGGGGGUCCCUGCUUUGUCUCUAAUCAGCUAGGGGUCCUUGGCCUAAAAAAUGUUUGAAGACCCCUGGACUAGUGCAAUAUCCAAAUUGCAGGUGGGGCACAAUAUUUGUUAAAGGCAAAAUAUGUGUCAAACCAUUCUGAAUUAAGUAUGGUGGUGCUGCCGUGACGUCCCGGCCUACAAAUCGUAUCCAACAGACUAAGUCCUCGCAAAAAUAACGCUAUAAUCAAUUUAAUUUUAAUAUUUUUCAAUGAAAAUAAGUGAUACAAAAUUGAUCAUUCCCUCCAAUAUCGUGAAUCAUAUUGCAAUUGCAAUAUCAAAGUAAUCGCAAUUAGAUAUUUUCCUCAUAUCGUGCAGUCCUACUAUAAGCUUCUUUUGAUUGAUUGAUUGAUUGAUUGAAAUUUAUUUCGAACAUGUAAAAGAAAACAAAGGGUCAUACAGAAAUUAAUACACAAAAUAGAAAGCAUAUUGAGAUACAUGAACGACAAACGCAAUGAUUUUUUUUAAAUAUCUGAAAAGGAGUGGGAAGAAGUUCACUUAUUUAAUCACACCUUUACAUAAAUAAUUGUUGACAAGCUUCCUCAGUCAUUUUUUAAACUCAUCCAAAUAUAUAAUUUUACUUGCCACGUAUCUUAUAAAAGAUACCAUUUGUUUCUCAUACAUUCAUAUCAAAUAUUUAUUAUUUCUUGCACAUUCUUGAAGGUUUCACAUCCAGUGUGCUUCUGAUUUUCAACUACCAACAGCAGAACAAGAGGUUGUUUUUUUUUUAUGGUUUUUACAUAUUGCUUAAUGUAGCUCUAAAAUAGACGGUGCCCUUAAUAUGCCAGUGUUAUUGGUGCUCACUUUGAACACUAUCUUGUGAACAACAUUGUAUGCAGUUCCACCUGGCCUGUACAUAUUUAAUAUAGCAUUUUAUUGUCACAUUAACGUUUUGCAAUCCAAACAACUUCUAUUUAUGACUGAUAACUGUAAAAUAUUUAUACUAAGUACAGUAUGGCAUCCACCUUCACUUGAGUUAAACAUUUUUAAUUGAAUGAAAAUAAAAGUGAGUUUAAAAAAA